AAAAUUAUUUAUUUCAAAUCGCAGGGCAGACAAGAUGGCGGCAGCAAUGGAUGUGGACACCCCAAGCGGUACAAACAGCGGAGCCAGCAAGAAACGUUUUGAAGUGAAGAAGUGGAAUGCAGUUGCUCUGUGGGCCUGGGACAUUGUUGUAGACAACUGCGCCAUUUGCAGGAAUCACAUAAUGGAUCUCUGUAUCGAGUGCCAGGCGAACCAGGCUUCGGCUACAUCUGAAGAGUGCACCGUGGCGUGGGGGGUGUGCAACCAUGCUUUCCACUUUCAUUGCAUCUCUCGUUGGCUGAAGACCAGGCAGGUGUGUCCUCUGGACAACAGGGAAUGGGAGUUCCAGAAGUAUGGACAUUGAUGAAAGAUGGGACCACGGUUUAAAUAACUGCAAAUUUGAAGUUAUCAUCAGCUCCCAGACACAGACGCACGCGCACACACACACACACACACACACACAAUGGCAUUGUGUGGGCAUGGGCUGGUCUGAGGACAUUUUUACCCCCGUUCCCGCAUUCUUCAUCUUAUUGUUUUUCGAACAGUGUUCAUUGUAAAAUUCAUGUAUAAACUUUGAAUACUUUUUAGUUACAGUUUCAGUGUGGUUGUAAAUGAUCAAUAAACAAAAUGUUCCAUUGA